GGGGUGCACCGGUAUCAGAACCGCGGAGCCUGCGGAGGACCUCAGCCGAGAGCGUGGUCCCAGCACCCAGCGACACACCGGACAGAACACUGAGCCCCAGCAUCAGCGCAACAGGCCAAGCCACCAACCCUCGAAGCCCGAAACCGGUUGUACGCGUAACAUCGCCCGUGGCGCAUCCAGCCACGGCUAAGCAUAAGAAUACAUGCUCUGCGGAUAGUACCACAGCCACUCAUGGCACAGCCCAACCCGUGCUUACUGAGGCGGGGUCGGAUUCCCCGGGGGCUCGGGGGCGCGUCACGGCCCAGUGUGACGGUCAACCUGCCGAUGGGAGGUGCACGACUCUUCAAGACGAGAUAUAUAGCACAGCCGCCGCGGGGGGUUCUGCUGCUGGGGCGGGCACCAGCAUGCGCUGUGAUAGCACCCACAGCAGUCCCGGUAUGAGGUCCCGCAAUAGCCCUGGGGGGAGUACACACAGUAGCCUUGGCGUCCGUGGCCGGACCUGCCCCAACUCCCAGGGGCCGGGCGUUGUGCCUAAAGUGCGGAAGAAGCCACAGCAGCCGAGGCUGCGUGCUCAGUCCUUCCAUGGAUCGCCCGACAGAGAUUUGGACUACGCCGAUCUCUAUGACACCAGACGCGCCUCUCCGGGUCACACGCACUGCACAGUGGCUGUGGAUGGCCUACGAGUGGGGCGCAGUCCGGACCGAGGCCAAAACAGGUCCCAGGGAAUGGGUGGGGGUGCAUCUGUAUCACCUAGUGCAAAGCCGGCCACGGGCACAAUCACCGAAGCACCUGUGCUCACGCAGAACGGGCGAACUGCGCCUGUACCUGUGUCGGUGACGAGAAGUAUGGAGGACAGGCGGAGGAAGAAAGCAUUCAGCGUAUCGGGGCGCGAAGCUUGUUCGGAAGAGUCGUCGGACCUAGUCCCGGAUUUCCUGAAAGUGCGCGCGGGCAUAGAUCUCGCCUCGAUGCUGAAAAUGACACCCCCUUGUGAGCGCAGGAUCAGUUCCAUAACAAAAGGACUACAAAGCAGAUCCUCAUUCACCUCUGCUUCGAGUACAGACUCCCAUUGUGAUACGGGCGCAAAUACGGGUGCAAAUAGCGGAAGCGGAGUCAAUUUGGAGAACGAUCCGACUAAGCUAACAGUGGCAUAUCCAUCAUCUCCCAAUCCCACGGACGGCUUUGUUUUCAGUCCAAGUACAAAGGAGCAGCGAGGCUCCACAGCCGCCAAAGGAUCGGUAUGA